AUGAAUUCCAAUAAACAUACUCAAGCUGUAGCUGAACUUGACUCUCUUGAUCCUUUUGUACGUGUAAAAGCUUUACGGUUUAUAAAAAAUAACAUCAUUGGGAAUAAAACUAAAAAAGAUCUAUAUAUUAGUCUUGACGUUAUUCCAAAGCUUGUGGCUUUUUUCAAAACUCAAGAGGGUGCAGAUUCUGAAGUACAAAUACAAGCAGCGAUUGUACUAGGAAGCUUUGCAUAUGGAGGUGAAGAUAAUGUUGCCGAGUUAGUAAAACAUGGUGCAGUUAAACCUUUAUUAGAAUGUAUAUCAAUAAGAAAUGAUUCGCGACUAAUAGAAGCUGCAGCGCGAGCGUUGAAAGCUAUUUAUAAAUAUCUCGUUACUCUACUUAAUCCAGAUUCACUUAAUCCUAAAUUAGAUCGCGAAAAAAUUGCAUCAGUACACACAGCGGAAUUAGCCGCGACUAUAAUUGCACGUUGCUGUGAUACAAACGAUCAACAAAUUCAAAUCGCAAGUGCGGGAGCUUUUCCUGCCUUGGUGAAAUUAUUGGUUUGUGGAUAUUCCAAAGCACAAGAAGCAGCUUUAGAUGCAUUAGCGUAUUUAUGUCGAGAAAAUCCCGAUUUUGGCAGUAAAAUUGUUGAUACAAAAUCCGAGUCUGUUGAUAGUCCGGUCAAAAUCAUGUUGAAUUUAAUCCGUGAUAAAUCUCCAACUAUGCAAUUAAUAUCAGCCAAAUGUUUAACACACCUAAGUCGUGCAAAUGCGAUCUCGGAACAUUUUAAUGAUAUCACGUUAAUAGUGUUACCAACAUUAGUAAAAUUGCUUGAUGAAAAGGGUCCAGUUCGAGAAGAAGCGCCUCACGUUUUAGCAUAUUUAAUUCGUGAUAAUGAAGAGUUACAAAAGGCCGCAUGUGAUUCAGGGGCUGUAUUGAAAUUAGCAGAUUUUGUAACUCAUGUUGGUGAUCAAGAUAAUUCAUAUUAUGAUCCCCUUGGUGAUAGUGAUAAAUUGAAAGAGGUGGUUGAUGCAAAAAUCAUUCCUCAUAUUGUGAAAGCAAUGUCACAUCGAUCUUAUGGAGUCCGUGCUGCGGCUUGUCAAUGUACUCGGAGUCUUUCAAGGUCAGUUAAUAUACUGAGGACAAAUCUUGUAGAUGCGGGAAUCGCGACACCGCUAUUUAAGCUUUUGUCGGAUGAAUCGACUGAUGUGCAAACAACAGCUUGUGCUACAAUAUGUAAUAUAACAAUAAUGGAGCAAGGAGGAAUAGAAAAACUAGUGGAAUUAGUAAAUUCUCCUGAUAACACUUUAAGGCUUAAUGCUAUUUGGGCUUUGAAAAAUUUGGUUUAUCAUGCUGAAUCAGAAGUCAAAGAUUCAGUGAUGAAGGCAUUGACAUAUCAAAAAAUGGAAGAAUUAAUUGAGGAUCAAGAAAUUGAUAUACAAGAACAGGCAUUAAAUUUGUUGAGGAAUUUAGCAUGUUUAGGAGAACAACGAUUGAUGAAUAUUAUUGAAAGUAAACUAUGUUUAUGGAAUAGUGAAAUUAUUAAACAGAUUUUAUAUGUUAUCAAUAACAUUGCUACAGGUGCUGAAUAUCACAAAAAAGCUAUAAUGGGUAGACCUAACAUCUUAACACAUAUUAAAAAUUAUAUGGCUCAUGAAAAUCCGGAAAUAAGAGUAGCUGCAGUAUGGUGUUUGAUUAAUUUAACAUGGACAGAAGAUAAGAAUAAUAGUUCUCCCGGUCGUGUCAGGGAAUUACGUCAAUUCGGUUUUGAAGAUAUAGUGAAAAAUAUGAUGAAUGACGUUAACCUAGAUGUUCGUGAAAAAGCGAAAACUGCAUUAUCUCAAUUUUCCCAAACAUAA